CGAGCAUCUCGGCGGCUGCGCUCACAUCCUCAGUCGGCAUGAGAGGAAGGACACGGCUGCUGCGGAAAACCGACUGCGCCGCGAUAAUUACAACCAGAUUUCUACCUAUGUAGUCAACAGCACCAGGAUCCGGGUUGUUUGUUUAAAUUAACACGGGGCAGACAACGUGGCUGGAAAGGGAGUCUGCAAAGACGUCAGACUAUCUAGUGAACUGCCUACAUAGACAGCUUUUUUGGACAUCACACCGCGUUCGUGCGCGCUCCGGGCAGCAUUCAUUUACUGUCGCUGUCCACACACACACAUGUACAGUAUGUGUGAACGUGCGGAGAAGUUGAAGAUGCCACUCUGAAUCAUCUGGGCGCUUGGAUCGACGAUAACAAGCCAUUUUCUAUGGAUCCACUGAUCGUCAUCUUCUCAAACCACAAGGCUCGUUCCUACAAGCACAUCUGAGUCCUGCAAGCAGAUCACACCGGGAGUGUUUCCAUCAUGAGACUGGUGUUGAAGUACCUGGACAAGAUGAGGUGUUUCCGGAAACGUUCCACCAUUCCUUUUCUGGUGGCUCUCAUUACCUUCCUGCUCUUCAUAAACCUCUACAUCGAGGAUGGCUAUGUGCUGGAGGAAGACAAACGUCAGUUACGAGAAACCUCAAUGCAUCCUCUGAACUCAGAGCGAUAUGUUCAUACCUUUAAAGAUAUGACCAAUUUUUCUGGAACGAUCAAUGUGACUUAUCGGUACCUCGCUGGAACACCUUUACCUCGAAAGAAGUAUCUCACCAUUGGAUUGUCAUCUGUGAAAAGAAAACGAGGAAACUACCUGCUGGAAACCAUCAAGUCCAUUUUUGACCAAUCAAGCUACGAGGAGCUCAAAGAGAUCAUUGUGGUUGUCCACUUGGCAGACUUUGACCUGGCAUGGUGCGAGAGCCUAGUUCAGGAAAUCUCAAGGAAGUUCGGCCACCAUAUCAUUGCAGGACGGCUGCUAGUUAUCCAUGCACCUGAGGAGUACUACCCGUCCCUGGAUGGGCUGAAGAGAAAUUACAAUGAUCCAGAGGAUAGAGUACGCUUCCGUUCCAAACAGAAUGUAGAUUACGCGUUCCUGCUCAACUUCUGCACCAACCUGUCAGACUUCUACAUGAUGUUGGAGGAUGAUGUGCGCUGUUCUCGAAACUUCCUCACUGCCCUGAAGAAAGUGGUGGCAUCUAGGGAGGGAUCAUAUUGGGUGAUGUUGGAAUUCUCCAAACUGGGCUACAUAGGGAAGCUGUACCACUCGCGAGACCUUCCUAGACUUGCCCAUUUCCUGCUCAUGUUCUAUCAGGAGAUGCCUUGCGAUUGGCUUCUUAUCCAUUUCCGAGGCCUACUGGCCCAGAAGGAUGCAAUUCGCUUCAAGCCUUCCCUUUUCCAACACAUGGGCUACUAUUCCUCCUAUAAGGGGGCAGAAAAUAAACUUAAGGAUGAUGACUUUGAGGAAGACUCCCUUGAUAUCCCAGACAACCCACCUGCCAGUUUGUAUACAAACAUAAAUGUAUUUGAGAGCUAUGAUGCUGCCAAAGCUUACAGUAGCGUGGAUGAGUACUUUUGGGGCAAGGCUCCAUCCACUGGGGACUUUUAUGUAAUAGUAUUCAACAAAGCAACAAAAAUCAGCAAAAUCAAGAUCAUCACGGGAACGGAUGAUCGGCAGAAUGAUAUUUUGCAUCACGGAGCUCUGGAAGUGGGGGAGAAAUUAAAAUUAGUAGGGACCAAAAAGGGAAGGCAGUGCUCCACCUAUAUAACUUUAGGGGAGUUUAAAAAUGGAAACAUUGAGGUUCAUGAUGUGGACCACAAGAUAGCAUUUGAUAUUGAGUGUGUUCGCAUUGUGGUAACGGCAAGUCAGAAAGAAUGGCUUAUCAUUAGAAGCAUAAGCCUCUGGACUACACAAGGUGCCAGUCAAUGAGAGCUAUGUGAACCGUAGCUAAAGGCACAAGUAUCUGUUUAUUUAUCUAUUUA